UAAAUUCUUAAUAAUUAUAAUGAUUUCUAACUUACAAAAUAAAAGUCCAUUUUCUAACAGUAUCAUAGUUAUAGAAUUUGUACGUAAAUUUUUUCCUUCUUACGGUUCUUGUGGGGAGGCUCUAAGGUUGUUGCACGUUACAGAAAACUGAUAAUAUGGAUCGAAGUAAAGGUAUGUCGGUACUCUGCACUUAUCAUAAUAUGAGAAAUCCUGCUUGGAGCUGUGAAGAAGGAUUUUCGAAAUGAGUUGCGGCUCUAGCUGCGAACUUGAGGGAGAGUUCGCUAGCUUGGCCAACGUCGGUACAUCCAGGAAAUUUGCGGACUGCCCAAAGGCAACGAUAUACAUAUUAUACUUCAAGCUGUGCAUCGAAGAACGAAAGCGCGAGCCGCAAGGACUGCGUAAUAAGAUAGGCCCAAUCGCAAGGCGUCACAAAUCUCCUUGAGUGGGAUAGGAAGCCUUCCAAACCUCCUUUAAAAAAAUUUAACUUCACUUCUCUGUUGGGACCGUCGACGUCCAGACGAACCGCGAGAACAGCCCGCCUCGACGAGGAGCGUUCGUGUUGAGACACAUACAAAGGAAACGAGUAUUCGACUGAAUACACAGAUAACUCGCUGCAACGUAACAUCACUUCAAGAAGACAAGAAAAUUGAUAAAUAAAGAGAGAACUGAGUGAGGAUCACAAUUUUUCAAACAAAUAGCAACUAUUUCUGCCCGGAGUAGUAAACGAAAGAAGAAUCGAAACACACAGAAAUAAAAUUAAGUGCAGGAAAGCAUUAAUAUUGUUGUGCAUAAAACUUACAAAUCGAUGUGAAAUGACGGUUUAAAACUUAAGCAAUUAAAGAAAUUGGUUUAAAUACGACUUAAAAUAAUAAUUCAGCAGGAAGUUCUUUUUGAAGAAGAGGAAAAAAUGCUGCAUGUAUUAUUUGUAGACAAGUGAAUUAUAUUUUAUUAAAACGAAGUGUACGUAGAAAAAACAGGUUUAAAAUACAAACUAGAGCAGCAGCUUUGAAAUGUAACUGCAAAGUAACCGAAAUAAUAAUCUGGAAGUAUCAAUUAAGAACGUGACGUUGACUUCAGAAAAGCAAUAAUAAUACAGAGACAUAUACUUUGUAUUAAAUAAACGAAUAAUUACAGUUUUACACAACUAUGUCUAUGAUAAGGUUUGCUUUGCUCGGCCUGCUAUUAUCCUUGAUAAAAGCAUCAUCCGAGUGGCAACUGACGAAAUGUUGCCCAUCAGGACAGAUUUUUGUAAAUAGUUUCACCAACUGUGAAUCAGUACCGCUAUUCGCGAUAGAGGUUCACUAUUGGAACAUUACCAGAGAAUUCCAAGGAAUUCCUCAGUGCGACGAAUCUGAGGAUCUUGUGGCAAUGGUACUCGACAAUUUCGAAUCUAUCGCUAACUUAGAGGUGCCAGUUUGCCUUGAAUUAUUUUACACGAUAGGGGAAGGAAACCCCAUAAUAAUAAUUCUUUACUGUCAAUCAAACAAGGACCAACAAGUAAAAGCAAUUAAUACAUCCUUUCCGCAGCUCUUACAUACCAGAAAAUGUUGCUUUGGCGAUACAAUAUUCGACAGCGGCACAAACACAUGUGUGACCCGAUUAAAUGAAUCACAGACUCUUGGAGCAUUUUUGUUAAAUAGAUCGACUGACGCAGAAAGUACAGUGAUACUCACCCAAGGUCCACCUAAGUGUAAAGGACCGAUCAUUAACUAUGAAAUUAACGAAAACGAUAUCUUCCUACGGAACAAUACAUAUUCGGUCAUGAUACCAUCGCUGGAAAAUAAUGUCAAAGAGGAACCAGUUACUGAGGAUAACGCUUGUCUCGAGAUGACGCCGGAGUUUGCAGUUAAACGAAGAUUGGUAGUCCGUAUCUGUAGGGAUCCACAAUUCUGCGACACGAACGCUUGUAUCAGAAAGUGCUGUCCCGAAGAUAGAUAUUUUUAUGAAGACGGUUGCAUUAGUUUUCUCCGUUUUACCAAUGAAGUGGGAGAAUUUUACAAUGCUUUUGUGAACGCCGUGAAUCAGAUAAAUUCGUUCACUUUCGACACGAACAAAAGCCACGGAAUUUUGAUUCAGAAGCCAUCGUGUGACUCUGUGCACAGUUACGAUCCAAAUAAUUGGGAAAAACUUGUGUUACUGACAUCAAAUGGACAUAUUUUUAUCAAUAAUUAUGAUACGGACAACAUGUACUGCUUCGAAGUCCAACAUAACUAUUCCGACGACAACUCUGCUAGAUUUGAAUUGUUUUCCUGUUCCAAAUACCUGAGUAAUGAGCAUUAUAAAAGCGCUAACUGGUGGUUCGCUAUAUUGGUUGUCAAAUGCAUAUUUCUACUGAUGACGUUGCUAGUGUACGCGUAUUUACCGAAUCUGCAAAAUAUUCAUGGAAAAACGGUUAUAUGUUAUGUGAGCAGUAUUUUGCUGACUACCAUCUUCGCAUUCAUCAUCAAUUGGUACGACAAAGUCACAUUUGAACGAAACAGAACAUUGUGCAAAGCUAUAGCUUACAUCGGGUUUUUUAGUUUUCAUGCGGUGUUUUUUUGGCUUAACGUUAUGUGCUUCGACAUAUGGCGGACUUUUAGAUCUGUAUGUGAGAAUAUGAAUAUAAAGGACCGCAAGAAUACGAAACGGUUGCUGUUGUAUUGUUUAUAUGGGUGGGGCAUCCCUUUACUGUUUUCAAUCCUCAUUAUCAUUACCGAUAACACGGAUUUCCUGCCAGAAUAUCUGGCACCCGAUAUUGGCAAUGUCGGAUGUGCGUUAACAUAUAAAGACAGUUGGAAUAACUACAGCGAUUUAAUUUUCGCUUAUGGACCGGAGACGAUUGUGACAAUAUCCAACGUGGUGUUUUUCAUUCUCACGUCAAUGUAUUACAAUAAGAUAAAAACAGAUAUAAAAAAUGUAGAUAUCGAUCCCAGAAGUAAACAAUUUUAUUCCAUUAAGAACAGAUUUAUCAUGUUCGUCAAACUGUUCAUCGUUAUGGGAAUGCAAUGGAUAUUCGAGACAGUACAAUACUUCUUCACCAAAUCUUUAGGUUCCGAUCAUCACAUGAAGGUGUUUUCUUACCCCAUUUUAGUCUUAGAGUGUCUUGAAGGUUUAUUGAUUUUCAUUAUUUUUGUUAUGAAAAAAAACGUGUAUCAAGCUAUUCGCAAACGAUUGCAAGAUAUAAAAAAAAAUUAAUCUGCAACGUAAUAUCAUUGUUUACUUAUAUAGGGUAAGUGCACCUAUUAUCGUGACGUUUUCUGAAAAUCCCAACUUCAAUGCAUCUUAAAAAAAAAUAAAUAAAUGAAAAGUUUAAACUUUUUUUUCUUAACGUUUAUAAAAAAACUAAAAUAAUAUAUAAAUCCAUCUAUUAUUAACAAAAUGCAAUUUUAUAAGUAUUAAAAUUAAUAAAAACGGAAUGCGCUUGUUAUCGUGAUCAUGUACAAAUUAUCGUGUAAUACCCGUUUCCACGAAUUUACCAAUUAUCGUGUCCCAAAUACCGUUGAUGAAAAAAAUGUAUUUCGUAAUGCUGAUUAGUUCUCAUGCUGUGCUUACUUCGUGAGCUACUGUCAUCGUGGAGAUCGCGUUUUGACAGUUAUCAAGAAUUAUGUGUAUAUCACGUAAAUUUGUAGUUUAUAAUAUCAAAAGCUGUGUAUCACGCGCGUAGCGUGAAAAAAUGAUAGAAUGAUAGUAAACUAAAUACUUAGGUGUCAAGCUAUUUGUACUUUCAUUAAAACGAGAAUACGGCGGUAAUACAAAUACCAACAACAUGCGCAUUGCACCUAAUUUCGUGAGUAAAUUUGAUUUACUCAUUAAAUGUAUUCAUAUUUCCAUCUUUAUUUGAUUUUAAUUUAUUUUACUUUUGAUUAGGUUAAAUGUGAAAUAAUUUUUUUCUAUAGGUAUUCUUUUUUUAAGGAGCUAUCAUCUAUUUUUCGAAAACCACGGUAGUAGGGCCAGGCUACGAUAAUAGGUGCACUUACCCUAGU